UACUUACAAGAAGAUGACGCAGUACAGCAGCAGUAGUGGUAGUAGCAGUAGUACAAGUAGUAAUGGUCGUGAUUUUAAGGAUCAAUCGAUUCGACCUAUUGAAGAAAAAUUAAUGGUGGCAGUUCGUAUUAGGCCUCUUGGUCGAGGUGAAUCGGGAAGAUCUCUUCAUGCAAUUAAUGAAAAGAUGGUGAUGAUAGAAGAUGUCGACACUGAGAAACAAAAACGAACUUUUCCUCGACAAUAUUUAUUUGAUGUAGUUUUUGGAGAAGAUUCCACUCAGGAAGCAGUUUAUGAAGGAACGACAAAAUCACUGGUUCAAAAUGUCUUGCAUGGAUAUAAUGCAACAGUUUUUGCCUAUGGAGCAACGGGAGCUGGAAAAACUCACACAAUGGUUGGUAGUCCAUCGAAUCGUGGAAUUAUGGUCCGAGCUCUUAAUGAUAUAUUUCUUGCAACUCGUCGGCUUCCUGAAAAUGUUGAACAUUCGGUAACUAUGUCCUAUAUGGAAAUUUAUAAUGAGAAUAUUCGAGACCUGUUGAAUCCUUCCUCGGGUUACUUAGAAUUGCGUGAUGAGUCUCGAGGUCGUUACAGUCAAGUAGCAGGUCUCACGGAAGUAUCAACAACUUCUACAGACGAGGUAAUGCAACUUUUACACAAAGGAAAUAAAGCACGAACAGUGGAACCAACAGCGGCUAAUGAAACUUCCUCCAGGAGUCAUGCACUUCUUAGUGUUAUUGUGAAACAAUCUGUAAAACCAGUUGAAAGUUCUAAUCGUCAUCGAGCAAGGAUAACUCAGGGAAGACUUUUUAUGAUUGAUUUAGCUGGAUCAGAACGAGCGAAACAAACAAAAAAUCAGGGUAAAAGACUACAAGAAGGAGCUCAUAUUAAUAGAUCAUUAUUGGCCUUGGGAAAUUGUAUAAAUGCAUUAUCGGGUGGAGCCAGGUAUGUCAAUUAUCGGGACUCAAAAUUAACACGAUUGUUAAAGGAUGCUCUAAGUGGAAAUUGUCGAACAGUAAUGAUUGCACAUGUUUCACCAGCAAGCAUUCAUCGUGACGAAAGUCGAAAUACUCUUAUUUAUGCAGACCGGGCUAAUCGAAUUUCCAAUAAAGUUGAAAGAAAUGUUCUUGAUGUUUCUUAUCAUGUUUCACAAUAUCGAGACAUCAUUAGCGAUCUAAAGAAUGAAAUUUCAAGGCUAAGAACUAAAAUGACUGAUGAUAGGCCAAGAUUUGAUGAAUUAAAAACAAAUAAUCAAAGGGGAACGGAUUUUAAAACACUUCGUGAAAAAAUUGUAUCGGUUUUUAAGGAACAAAUGAGACUGAGACGAAAAUUAAUGGAAAUGGAUAGUCAUUUAUUGAGUUUAAAUAUUGCUGCUGAACAACAACAUCAGGUCAUAUCUCAUUGGGAAUCGAGGAACAAUAAACUGUACAAAGCUAACCGGGAAUCAACAUCCUCUCGCCCUGGAACUGUCUCACAAAUAGAAGAGGUCGAUGACGCAGAUUUCAUAGAAGAUGGUAAGGAGGACGAUAUGGCUGUGGAACAAGCUUGGGCAGAAUUAUCAGAAAUUGGUAGGGAAAGAGAAAGAUAUUCAGAAAUGCGAAUGGCUACUGAAAGAGAGCUUGAAUCUUGCAGAAAACGUGGAGCAACUUUAGAGGAUGAACUACCGUCUCAGAUUAAUUCCGAUGAAGAACGAGAAUUAUUAGCUUUAAUGUUACGAGUUCAUGAGCUUGAGGCUGAUAAAAUGAUGCUCCAAAGUGAAAGAUUAGUUAAGCAACAUGAGCUCAGAAGACGUGAGCUAAUGUUACUUAGAUACGACAGACAAAGGCAAAUUUCAGAUGAAAUUAUUACUCGUCAAAGAAGAAUAAUGGAAGAUGGUCGAUUGUCCCUUCCUCCUGAUUUGCAAAAUUUAUACGCCAUGUAUCAACAGGAAAUACAUUCUGCAACUUAUACAGAUAAUAUGUCAGAUUUAUCAGCUGCUAUAGAAUAUGUUGGAAAAUUACCUCCAAUCUCAAGUAGAUUUAGUUUCGACAAUUUUAAUUCCGAUUUAAGAGCAACCAGCAGUUCCGCAGAAUCGGAUUGGGAACAAUCGCCACUUCCACCAAUUCAAGAACCACCGGAAAUAGAGAAAGUAAUGGGACCAAUUGUCCAUCCAAUUUUGAGUCCUUCAGAAUUAUUUCCACCAAUACCUCCUUCGAAUAAAAGAAACCAGUAAAGACAAAAGACUUCGACGCAUAGUUAGCGAUGAAAACCUAGUCUCUCCGAAAUAUGUCAAGGGCACAAGAAUCAACGCAUUAAGAAGAUAUGAGGGCCGUAAAAUGCCAACCUAAAUCUUGGAAAAAUUACAAAAAAUGACUGAAUUGAUAAUGAGGUUCUAAAACCAUCAACUAGUUGAAAAAAAAAAUUCAUUGAAUUCCAUGCACAGUGUGAUGAUCCAAAAAUAUGCUUUUGUACAAGUUGUAAGAUUUUCUUUAAGUUAAGGCUUCUAAAAAAUAUUUAUCAAUUUUAAGUACUUUUACAUUUUAAGAAUGAGAUCAAACACAUAUGAAUUGUAAAUAGUCUUCUUAAUUAACAUUUUCUUAUAUAAAUAAAUAAACAAUUUAUGUUACAAUUAAACAAAUUCUGUUAAAAGUUUUUU